CUGUGUGGCCCUCGGGCAUGAACAUCACCAGGUGGCCCAACUCCUACAAGCUGAACGGAACCCUCAGCUUCACCUGCCCCGCCAACAUGACCACCCAGACGUUCAACACUACCCAAAACCUUACCUGCUCCUCUGUGGUCACCGCGAAGAAAACCAACUACACCUUCAUCCCCAGUGUGGUUGAACCGUGUGAUGUGUGUUUGGGAGCACCGCUGGUGAGCAACGCCACAGCGGACUGGAGCGCCAAUACCAUGUACCUCAACGGGUCUCAAGUCAACGCCACCUGUCUGCCGGGAUAUCAAGUGGAGUUCGGGGUCACCAGCCUACUCAUCGACUGCACGGAGUCUGGCUGGUCACAGGCUCCGCCCUGCUACCUAGCGUGUGUGGAUGACCCCGUGGCGCCGCCAAACACAACCUGGAACAUCACUUACAACAACGUGGGCUCUACGAUCCCCUACACUUGUCCUACCGGAGAGUUUAUGGUGCUCAAUGGCAGCACGUCGUUGCUGAAUGAGACGACAGUCACCUGUGGAGUUGACGGCUUGUGGAACCCAGCCUCGCUGCCUCCCUGUGCAUACUACUGUGUAGGGGAGCCCUUGGUAGCCAACGCCACCACUGACUGGCUCAGCACUGCCGUCUAUACUCUCGGAGACACAGUCAACGUCACGUGUCUUCACGCCUUCAUGCUGGACGACUCGAUAUCACUCAAUGUCACACAGUUACUCAUCUGCAACCAAUCUGGCUGGAGUCUGCCAACGCCGUGCCAAAAAGGGUGUUCAGAGGCUCCUCCUCAGCCCGGGGCCAAUAUGACCCAUGAAGUGAUGCGCACCAGAGCACUAGGCUCCUCCCUGCAGUACAUGUGCUACCCAGAUCAACUCAUGGUCCUUAAUGAGAGCCAGGUGGUUGGGAACGUGACGGAGGUGAGGUGUGGGGAGGACGGGCUCUGGCACCCCCCUGCACCACUCCCCAGCUGUGGUGUGCCCACGGACCAGCCACCGGUGAUGCUGCCGGUGAAUGCCGGAGUGUUGGUGGGGCCGGACCCUCCCUACACCAUCACCUCCACCCUCACCUACUCCUGCUCACCCGGCUUCGUCUCUUUUACCGGCCUUCUAGAGACCAAUAUCACCUACAACGGCACUGACUGGGUCAUGGAUGACGCUUCUUUCAGGUGCUUAGCAGCCACGAACCAGACACCGGUGGUGCUGCCUGUGAAUGCUGGAGUGUUGGUGGGGCCCGACCCGCCCUACAUCGUCAACUCCACCUUCACCUACUCCUGCGCAUCCGGCUUUGUCUCUCUUAUGGGCGUCCCAAGCACCAAUAUCACCUACAACGGCACAGAUUGGGUCAUGGAGGAUACUUCUUUCAGUUGCGUAGCUGGUAAGUAUAAGGAGAGUUCUCGUGAGUAUACAUAUGACUGGAUUAGAGUUACUGAUGAUCUCUUGGGUUAAGUAUAUUGAUGUGCUUGGAUCACUAACGAAGCCUUGGUCGGUGGUUAGGCGGUGUACCGCUACGCGUGUCAAUGACAGGUAGGGGUACACUGACUGGGUGUCAAAGACAGGUACACUGACUGACUGGGCGUGGCGCCGCCGCCGUCAAUGUUAUUGUUUUGAUCCGAACACUGCGUCUCACGCCUCACUUCCCAGA